AUGUUCUCACCACGUGCGCCGGAGGCUCCCAAUCGCCCAAAACAAGAGCCCCGUGAAUCAAAUUUCUUUGCAACAGAAGACAAUAUGACUGCCAUCGACGGCGGCUCGCCAAUGGAGAUCGAUAGUAGAAACGAAAAUGAAGUUGACCGUCUGAUCAUUUCAACUGAUUUCGGAACGACAUUUAGUUGUGUGGCUUUUGCCAGCAGCAAAGGUGACAUCGGCAUCGUGAGGGGAUACGCCACUGAUCCAAUGUCGAUUCAAAAGAAGCCUCGAUUUGACGUGCCGACUGAGAGUUGGUAUCCGACCAAAGCCAAGCUGGAAGAACUGAUGAUAGAGAGAAAUGCAGACAUCGAUGAGCCGAUGCUGAGAUUUGACGACGAAGGUGAUUCAGAUGAUGAUGAUCUCAAUGAUGCUCAAGCACAAUCUGGUUUAAGGCCGAAUUUCAUGUAUUGGGGUUACGAGGUGCAAGACAAACUGAGCGAGCCUGAUUUGGAUAAGAAGCAAUACAAUUGUAUCUCGCGGUCGAAACUGUUGUUGGACACCAGUUAUGAAACUGAGAAUAUCCGCAAGGAAUUGAAACCAGUCUUGAAGAAACUCAAAGCUAAAAAGUCCAUCAAAGCCAACGAGGAUGUUAUUGCCCAAUACCUCGAACAGCUCUUCUUGCACGCGAAGAAAUACCUAAAAGAAAUCCGGAGACUCAAAGAUACAACAAUCGUGGAACAUGUUUUAUGCGUACCUGUAAUCUGGUCGCCCAGUGCAUGCAGAAAAAUGCAAAGCGCCAUGGAAAUUGCUAUCCAGCAAUCAGAACUUGGUAGCAUUAACAACCUGUUUCUUGUGUCGGAACCUGAAGCAGCAGCAGCUUAUGUGCUUAAAUACAGCAAAAGCAUUUCUACAGGAGAAACUUUUAUACUUUUAGACGCCGGUGGAGGAACAGUUGAUGCUACCACAUACACUGUUGGUGAUAAGGAGCCACUUGAACUAAAAAGAGAAGAGGUAGCUGCACAAGGCGGACUUUACGGCUCCAGCUACCUGAACGAAGCAUUUAAAGAAUAUCUAUUUGGUCGCCUGGAGAGUGAAAAGUCUGACUUAGAGACCGAUGGGAGAACUAUUGAAGGAAUUGUUGACCAGCAAACAAUUAAAUUCGAAAACUCAUUGAAGAGAAUAAUGGAUGUGACAGAUAGGAAUAUGGCAACGAUUUCUCUCCACAUACAAGGCCUUCGCGAAAAUCCAGAAAAGGGCUUUGCAGACAAUCGCAUUAAAAUUAAGAGAAACGAUUUCUGGAGAAUGUUUGAGAGAUGCCUCCGAGGCAAUAUGGAGUUAAUGCUCGAUCAGAUUAAGCUGUCGAGAGAGGCUGGACUCACUAUAAAGAAAGUUGUGUUAAUUGGAGGAUUUUCUAACAAUCCAUCUCUCAGAAAGACAUUGGAAAGACGACUAAGAAAACUCCAAAGAGACGAGGGUAUUACCAUCAGACUGGAAACCGUAAAUGAUCCGGAAUACCUAGAAACUGCGAUGGCCAGCGGCGGAAUCUUGCGGGCGCUCGAUAAGGAAAACGAUGGGCUAGAGAGAAUCAGCUUAUGCAGCUACGGAUUCUUCUUGCAGGAAGAACACGAUCCGAUAGGUAUCCCGGCACAUAAAAAGGUUAAACCAAUGACCGAUUCAAGUGACGGUGUACCAUAUUUGGAGGUGAUGGAUUGGGGAGAAAUUAUCCCGGCCGCCAAAAAAUAUCGUAUGGACGUACAUUUCAUCUUUCCCGCAACACGAAAGACCUUUAUCUAUGAACAAGAAUUAUAUGUCUCGGACACUAGCACUGAGCAACAUUACAAAUUCACACAUCCUAAGAACAGAGGAGCUCAAAUAGUCGGAACGGUUCAUUUGGACUUCGGCGAAUUGAUCAGAUCUGGAGCUAUCCAGGAGACAAUAGAGCAGGACGGUCUCAAACUAUCGAGGUAUUAUAGAGUUGAUUUCGAGCUUGUGAUGAAAAUAAAGGGCCGAAAUUUGGAGAUAAAAGGUUGCAUUGGGGGAGAAUCAUUUGGUGGUCAGGAAGUCAGCAUUGCAGCAGCCUUCGUCCCUGGUACAAAGUAG